AUGCUGAAAGGAUGGAAGACUGGCUUUUGUGCGGGUGCGGGAGGCCGUGGUCGUGUGGCCCCGGAGAGGAAGUCCGGGCCGCUACUCCCGCGGGGGACCACGGCGGGGGGCGAUACCCUGGGGCCCCACACCCCAGGCUCCACCCCACCCACCCACCACCGCCUGUCACCCUUCGCCGAUCUCCGCUGCGGUGCCGCCGCCAGAGCACCUCCCCGGGGGGAAGGGGCCCGGGGUCGUCCUCAGCCUAGUAGCGGGUUGGCUAGUGCGGUUGCGGCUGGUGACGAGGCCUGCGUGUGCCCGUACUGCGGCAAGAGUCUGCGGGACAAGUACAAGGUGCGGCGCCACAUCGAGGACGUGCACACGCCCUCGUCGCACUCCCACCAGUGCUCGCUGUGCCACCGCCACUACAAGACCCGCAACACGCUGCAGAACCACAUGAGCAUAUACACCGCCCGCUCCGGAGGUCGCACCAGCCCCACCACCUACAGCCGGCCGCCGCCCCUGUGUCCUCAGGACCCACGAAUGCCGCCCAGCCGUCUCUGCCGCCGCCGCCCCCGCACACUCAGGACAUAG